GACGGGGCGGAGCGGGACGCGUCUCGGCCGUGGGGCCUGGGCGCCGGGAGGAUGCAGCGGGGGGGGGGGGCGACUGCCGGCACUACCGACGAAGGUAGUCUGAUCCCAGCAAAAGUAUUGGACUAAGGGCAUGGGAAUCUGAAGAUCUCUGUUUCUCCUAGAAGAGUGACAAAAUAAUCAGGAGAGAUGGGAAACCCAGAAAACAUUGGAGAUGCAUAUGUUGCUGUGAUUCGUCCAAAAAAUACUGCUAGCCUGAAUUCUCGGGAAUAUCGAGCUAAAUCCUAUGAAAUUUUGUUGCUUGAAGUUCCCAUUGAAGGACAAAAGAAAAAAAGAAAGAAAGUUUUGUUGGAAACUAAACUGCAGGGAGGCACCGAGAUAACCCAGAGCAUCUUGGAUUAUGUAUUAGAAGCCACCAAACCAAUUUCACCAGCCAAUCAGGGUAUUAAAGGAAAACGUGUGGUGUUAAUGAAGAAGUUUCCUCUUGAUGGAGAGAAGGCAGGCCAAGAGGCAUCACUUUACAUCGUUCCAACUGUUGUGAAAGAUAAUACGAAAUACGCAUACAGUCCUGGAUGCCCUGUGUUCUACUGUUUACAAGACAUCAUGAGAGUAUGCAGUGAAUCCAGCACCCAUUUUGCUACGCUUACUGCAAGAAUGUUAAUUGCCUUGGAUAAGUGGUUGGAUGAACGGCACACCCAGUCUCACUCCAUUCCAGCUUUAUUCAGACCAUCUCCUCUUGAGAGAAUUAAAACAAAUGUAAUAAACCCUGCCUAUGCUAUAGAACCUGGUCAAACAGAGAGCUCGUUACACAUGGGUUAUACUGCCCUGGAAAUAAAGAGUAAAAUGCUGGCAUUGGAGAAAGCAGAUAUGUGUAUCUAUAAUCCUUUGUUUGGAUCUGACCUUCAGUAUACCAAUAGGGUUGACAAAGUGGUAAUAAAUCCAUACUUCGGCCUUGGAGCCCCAGACUAUUCAAAGAUUCAGAUUCCCAAAAGAGAAAAGUGGCAACGUAGCAUGAGCAGUGUCACCGAGGACAAGGAACACCAGUGGGUAGAUGAUUUCCCUCUUCACCGCAGUGCUUGCGAAGGCGACUCUGAUUUACUAAGCCACCUUCUGGAUAAAAAGUUUUCUGUUAAUCAGUUAGAUAGUGACCACUGGGCACCUAUCCAUUAUGCGUGCUGGUAUGGAAAAGUUGAAGCCACUCGAAUGCUGUUGGAGAAAGGGAAAUGCAAUCCAAAUCUCUUGAACGGCCAACUUAGCUCUCCUCUUCAUUUUGCUGCUGGAGGUGGGCAUGCUGAAAUAGUACAAAUACUACUAAAUCAUCCAGAAAUUGACAGACACAUUACUGAUCAACAAGGAAGAUCUCCACUGAAUGUCUGUGAAGAGAACAAACAAAAUGAGUGGGAAGAAACUGCAAAACUGCUGAAGGAAGCCAUAAAUAAACCUUAUGAAAAGGCACGAAUUUAUCGUAUGGAUGGGUCGUAUCGCUCUGUUGAGUUGAAACAUGGAAACAAUACUACUGUACAACAGAUAAUGGAGGGGAUGCGUUUGUCUCAAGAAACACAGCAGUACUUCACUAUCUGGAUCUGUUCCGAGAACCUCAGCCUCCAACUGAAGCCGUACCACAAGCCUUUACAGCACAUUCGAGAUUGGCCUGAAAUAUUCACUGAACUGACAAACUUGGAUCCUCAAAGGGAAACUUCACAGCUUUUCCUGAGAAGAGAUGUGAGACUUCCACUGGAAACAGAAAAAAAGAUUGAGGAUCCAUUGGCUAUUCUUAUCCUUUUUGAUGAAGCCAGAUAUAAUUUACUGAAAGGUUUCUACACGUCACCUGAUGCCAAGCUGAUCACAUUGGCAAGUCUGCUUCUACAAAUAGUCUAUGGAAAUUAUGAGAGCAAGAAACAUAAACAGGGCUUUCUAAAUGAAGAAAAUCUUAAAUCUAUAGUACCAAUCACUAAACUAAAAAGUAAAGCUCCUCAUUGGACAAACAGGAUACUUCAUGAAUACAAGAAUCUCAGCACCAGUGAAGGCGUAAGUAAAGAGAUGCAUCACCUUCAGCGCAUGUUCUUGCAGAAUUGCUGGGAAAUUCCUACUUACGGAGCAGCUUUUUUCACAGGACAGAUAUUCACCAAAGCAAGUUCAAGUAGCCAUAAAGUCAUCAAAGUGUAUGUAGGAGUAAAUGUAAAAGGGCUGCACCUCCUCAACAUGGAAACAAAGGCUUUACUCCUCAGCCUAAAGUAUGGUUGCUUUAUGUGGCAGUUGGGAGAUGGAGAUACAUGUUUUCAAAUCCACAGUCUGGAAAACAAAAUGAGCUUUAUUGUGCAUACCAAACAGGCAGGUCUCGUCGUAAAACUUCUGAUGAAAUUAAAUGGCCAGUUAAUGCCAAGUGAAAGAAAUGAAUGAUGGAAAUGAACAAUAGUUACAAAACAGCAUCUAACAGCUAAGCAAAAACCAACUUAUUUCUCAUCAUAGCAGAGGACCUUCCACGUACAUGAAUUUUACACAACAGAAAAGUCAAUUUGUACAGUUUUUUAACUUUGUGUAGAAGCCGCAUGGUUGAUUUUUUU